AUGCCCUUCGACAUGUGGGCGCUCGCUACAGUCGCCAGAAGGCUUGGCGUCCACUGCUGUGGUCGCUGGGGUCCGGCGGUGCUCGUCAGGCUCUACGAUGCGACGGUCGGUUCUUCGCUCGCGUCGCCUGCGACGACCCUGCAUGGCCCGUGGCUCGACGGGAGCUUGCUCAGCACGCUCCCAGGAUUGUGUGGAGCCUCGCCUGGCCCUCUGGGAUGGGCUGCAGGGCCGGGGCGGGCCGCCACGGGGGAGGGCAGGGCAGCCGCGAGCAGCAAGUGGCGUCGGCGACGCGGCAAGGACACGAUGGCUGCGCUGCCCAUCCUGCUGAGCACGCUCCCGACGAGCGUCGCGCCACGCGGGCCCGCCGCAGGCGACGCGGGCGGCGAGCCGAUGCGCGUGUCGUAG